AUGGCACACACCAAUGGGGAAUUGGAGCCCUCGAAAGAGGUUCCUCAGGAAAACGGAAACCACCCGGAGGAGGGUGUUGUGGAGGAUGAGAAUGCCGGCGGUCUUUUCCAGAUCUCUGUCAAGCUUCCUCACGAGCCUCACAAGAUUCAGGUGAUGGUCUCCAGCCAAGAACAGGUCCAAGACGUUCGCCAAUCUAUCGUUGAGCUGCCCGGUACUUUCCAGUACACCUGUUUCCAUCUCGAAUACAACGGAGCUCGUAUCAAUGACUUUGUUGAGCUUUCCGAGGUCCCAGACCUAAAGGCCGACUCUGAGAUCACCCUGAUCGAGGACCCUUACACUGAGAAGGAGGCUCGUAUGCACGUUGUGCGCAUGCGUGAGCUGGUUGGUGCUGCGGGAGACCGAACCGACACCCUCCACGGUAUAUCUGCUGGACUUUCGCUACAUGAUGUCAUCUCCGCGGAGGCUGCUAAAGCUGGUGAAUCGGAGAAGGAUCACUCCCUCGCCAAGUACAGCCUGACUGGCCCCUCUUCGCUGCAGACCAUCCUCCCACAGUCCGAGACACCUCUGCCUAAGACUGUGAAGUCAAUUUCGCUCUCGCCAUGGAACCCGGUUCCAUACCACCUACGCCAGAAGGGUCAUCUCCUCUACCUGGUCGUCAUCACCAACGAGGGUGAACAGUUCCAGAUCACAUCUCAUGUCUCGGGCUUCUUUGUGAACAAGUCCUCGACCGCCCGAUUUGAUCCUUUUCCCCGCAGCAUUCCCAAGAAGGCCAGCGCUCAUUCCCUUUUGACUCUGAUCUCCAUCUUGUCGCCCUCGUUCAACACUUCCUUCGAGGAGCUGCAAGAGGCCAACAAUCAGAAGGAUCUUCUGACCACCUUCCCUUUCCAAAAUGCUAUUCCUAACAGCCCAUGGUUGGUUGCCCCAACUUCAUCCAGCCUGAACGCUCACCAGGCCGACAUUACUCGCUCCCAGGAGAGCUUCCUAAUCUCCGGUGCGGACAAUGCCGAGACUCUGCGUGACUGGAAUGAGGAAUUCCAGACUACCCGUGAGCUUCCUCGUGACACUGUUCAGGAUCGUGUGUUCCGUGAACGCCUGACCUCCAAGCUGUUCGCCGAUUACAACGAGGCUGCCGCCCGCGGUGCAGUUUUGGUCGCCCGCGGCGAGAUCGCUCCUCUGAACCCCACUGAGGCUCAGGACGCUCAGAUCUUCGUCUACAACAACAUCUUCUACUCCUUCGGUGCUGACGGUGUUGGUACCUUCACUUCUGAGGGUGGUGACGAGGCUGCCCGCGUUGCUGUUGGCAAGGAUGUCCUGGGUAUCAAGGCUGUCAACCAGCUUGAUAUUCAAGGUCUGUUCACACCUGGUACCAUUGUUGUCGACUACUUGGGUAAGCGUAUUGUUGGCCAGAGUAUCGUCCCAGGUAUCUUCAAGCAGCGUGAGCCUGGCGAGCACCAGAUUGACUACGGUGGUGUUGAGGGCAAGGAGGUCGUAGCUACCCAUGAGGACUUUGUUCCCGUCUUCGAGAAGCUGUCCAAGGCCCUUCGUGUCAAGCAACAUCCUGUCUGGGACAAGGAUGGUAAGCGCCACGAACUUGAGGGCAGUGUUGAGACCAAGGGUCUUUUGGGUACUGAUGGUCGCAAGUAUGUCCUGGACCUCUACCGCGUUGCACCAGUUGAUGCCGAAUGGCAAGAAGAGACUGGCAGCGAGUCCUACCCUCACCGCAUGUCUGUUCUGAGAUUGGAACUGGUUGAGGCAUACUGGAGACACAAGAUGAGCGAGUACGUCAAGGCUGAGGUUGAGAAGCGCCGUGCUGCUAAGGCUGAGGAAGAACCCAAGGAGAAUGCUGAGGGUGAUUCUGAAGAGAAGACCGAGGAGGCGGCGGAUCAGGAGCGUGUUGAUAUCUCCGGAUUCAACCUUACCCUCAACCCUGACGUGUUCAGCGGCCAGGUUCCCCAGACUAAGGAGGAGAAGGAGAAGUGGGCUCAGGAUGAGAAGGAAGUGCGCGACGCCUGUGGCCACCUGCGCUCUAAGGUAAUUCCUGAUCUUAUCCAGGACCUGCAUGAUGGUGAUGUCGGCUUCCCUAUGGACGGCCAGUCAUUAACUCAGCUCCUGCACAAGCGCGGUAUCAACGUCCGCUACCUCGGUAAGCUGGCUCAGAUGUCCAGUGAGAAGGGUGCCCGUCUGCAAGCUCUGUCUACUCUCUUGGUUCAGGAGAUGAUUGCCCGUGCCUUCAAGCACAUUGCCAACAACUAUCUGCGUCAUGUUCCUGCUCCCUUCGCCGCCCCCUGCACUUCUCACUUGCUGAACUGUCUCCUGGGUACUGACGUGGAGACUGCUCCUCGCCCCGAGAUUGACCAGUCGCUCCGUGAGGUCUACCCCGAGGGUGACUUCUCUUUCGAGAUGGUUACUCCUGAGUCCCUCCGCGCUGAGAUCGAGAAGCAGGUUACCAUGCGCUACCGCUACUCCCUGGAGAAGAGCUGGGUCGGCUCUCUGAGACAUCUGCAGCUCCUACGUGAUAUCUCUAUCAAAUUGGGUCUUCAGCUUGGUGCCCGCGACUAUGCCUUCAACAAAGCUGAUGUCAAGGCCCCUGCUCUUGCUCCUGUCACCAACGGUAACAACGGAAGCAACCAGGAUGACAGCAACAAGAAGAAGAAGAACAAGAAGGGCGGCGCCGAGAAGUCUCCCAGCCGCAUUGUUGUUGAGGCUAAGCCCACUACUUCCAUUAUUGCCGACGAUAUCCUGAACAUUGUGCCAUUGGUCAAGGACGCCUCUCCCCGCAGCGCUCUGGCCGAGGAGGCUUUGGAGGCUGGCCGUAUCUCUCUCAUGCAGAACCAGAAGCAAUUGGGCCAGGAGCUCAUUCUGGAAUCUCUGUCCCUGCACGAGCAGAUUUACGGUAUCCUCCACCCCGAAGUUGCCAAGCUCUAUCACCAGCUGUCCAUGCUCUACUACCAGACUGAUGAGAAGGAGGCCGCUGUGGAGCUGGCUCGCAAGGCUGUCAUUGUCACUGAGCGCACCCUUGGUGUUGACUCUGCUGACACCAUCCUGGCCUACCUGAACCUGAGCUUGUUCGAGCACGCCUCUGGCAACACCAAGACUGCACUGGUUUACAUCAAGCACGCCAUGGAUCUGUGGAAGAUCAUCUACGGUGCCAACCACCCCGACUCCAUCACAACCAUGAAUAAUGCCGCCGUGAUGCUGCAACACCUCAAGCAGUACGGUGAUUCCCGCAAGUGGUUCGAGGCUUCUCUGUCUGUUUGCCAGGACCUCUUUGGCGUUGAAUUUAUCAACACUGCCACUAUCCUCUUCCAACUGGCCCAGGCCUUGGCUCUGGACCAGGACUCCAAGGCUGCCGUCGGCAAGAUGCGCGAGGCCUACAACAUCUUCCUUGCCCAGCUCGGUCCUGAGGAUCGCAACACCAAGGAGGCUGAGACAUGGCUGGAGCAACUGACUCAGAACGCUGUCUCCAUUGCCAAGCACGCUAAGGAUAUCCAAGCCCGCCGCCUGCGUCGCAUCAACAUCAACCCCCGUACUUCCACCAUGGGUACCCGCGUUCAACCCCAAGUUGGCCAGACUGCUCCUGAGACCGCUGGUACGGCCGGUCCCUCUGGUUCUGGAAUGGAUUCCCGCAGCAUCGAUGAGCUCCUGAAGUUCAUUGAGGGCGGUGACUCCAGCACCUCAGGCUCAAAGCAGAAGAAGCGCACCGCUGCUAACCCCAAGCUUCGCGGCUCCAAGCAGUCUAAGUCAUAG